ACUCCUCUGUAUGUCCAGCAGGGGGCUCUGGAGAUCAGUACGGCCUCUGAGGCCUGGGCUUCGGACCUCAUAGGGAGUGAGGGGCGGAGGAGGCCAGUGUACAGCUCAGAUCCCUGGCUCACCGACACUGGUCUCACCGGACACCGAGGAGGACAGGAACCGGGCCGCUACUCCUUCCUCUCCGGGCCUCGGCUGUUCAGGAUGUGGCUGAACCCGGAGGAGGUGCUGCUGGCCAAUGCACUAUGGGUGACCGAGAGAGCGAACCCGUUCUUCAUCCUGCAGAGGCGACGGGGACACGGCAAAGGCGGAGGGCUGACAGGCCUGCUGGUGGGGACACUGGAUGUCGUACUGGACUCAAGUGCACGUGUGGCACCGUACCGGAUCUUGCACCAAACCCAGGAAUCUCAGAUCUAUUGGACUGUGGCUUGUGGGUCAUCACGUAAAGAGAUCACUGAACACUGGGAAUGGUUGGAAAAUAAUCUGCUUCAGACUCUAUCCAUCUUUGAAAAUGAAGAUGACAUAACAACCUUUGUCAAAGGGAAAAUUCACGGCAUCAUAGCUGAAGAGAACAAGAGCCUGCUCCCCAAAGAUGAAGAAGACCCAGGCAAGUUUAAAGAGGCGGAGCUAAAAAUGCGGAAACAGUUUGGUAUGCCGGAGGUGGAAAAACUGGUGAAUUAUUACUCCUGCAGUUACUGGAAGGGACGCGUCCCCAGGCAAGGCUGGCUGUAUCUAACUGUCAAUCAUCUCUGCUUUUACUCAUUUUUACUAGGGAAAGAAGUAACUUUGGUUAUCCAGUGGCUUGAUGUGACUCAGCUUGAGAAGAAUGCAACUCUGCUUUUCCCAGAAUGCAUCAAAGUCAGCACACGCGACAAUGAGUACUUUUUCUCUAUGUUCCUUAACAUCAGUGAAACCUUCAAGUUGAUGGAACAGCUAGCUAACAUUGCCAUGAGACAACUGUUAGACAAUGAAGGCUUCCUGGAAGACCGGAAUCUGCCUAAACCUACACGACCACUCAAGAACAUCUCUGCUCUGAAAAGAGAUUUAGACGCCAGAGCAAAGAAUGAACAAUACCGAUCCACUUUCCGACUGCCAAGGGAUGAGAGGCUGGAUGGACACACAGACUGCACUUUGUGGACACCCUUUGCCAAGAUGCACAUCCCUGGUCAAAUGUUUGUGUCCAAUAACUACAUAUGUUUUGCUAGCAAGGAGGAGGAAGCUUGCCAUCUAAUAAUACCACUCCGUGAGGUUACAAUUGUGGAGAAAGCCGACAGCUCCAGCGUGCUGCCAAGUCCUCUGUCCAUCAGCACCAAAGGGAAGAUGACGUUCCUGUUCGCCAAUCUGAAAGACAGAAAUUUUCUGGUGCAGCGCAUCUCUGAUUUCUUGCAGAAGACAUCCCUGCAGAGAGCUGGAGGGGACGAUAGUGGGGAGCAGAGGACUGUUGUAAGGAAAGAAAGCAGGGGAAAUAAUACAUAUGAGGUGAACAGCUUUCUGCUUCUUCCUACCCUCAAAAAAAAUCUUGGAAGAACAUUUUUAAAUGAAGAUGCCCCCACUGCGUCUCAUGGACUUCUCCAGCUGUACUUGAAGAAACCAGAAGAAGACAUGGGGCCAAAAUGGACAAAAGAAAAAAUGAAGGAGGAAUCUUGGAACAUUCACUUCUUUGAGUACGGCCGAGGGAUGUGUAUGUAUCGAACAUCCAAGACUCGAGACCUAGUUUUAAACGGCAUUCCAGAGAACCUGCGAGGAGAACUUUGGCUCUUAUUUUCAGGAGCAUCAAAUGAGAUGGCAACUCAUCCUGGUUACUAUGCUGAUCUAGUGGAGAGGUCCACAGGACAAUGCAAUCUUGCAACAGAUGAGAUUGAGCGUGACCUCCACCGCUCCAUGCCUGAACACCCUGCAUUCCAGAAUGAGCUGGGCAUAGCAGCUCUUCGCCGUGUGCUCACAGCGUACGCUUUCCGCAACCCCAACAUUGGAUACUGCCAGGCCAUGAAUAUAGUGACCUCAGUUCUGCUGCUGUACUGUAAUGAGGAAGAAGCAUUCUGGUUGUUGGUGUCACUGUGUGAGCGAAUGCUGCCAGAUUAUUACAAUACACGGGUUGUUGGGGCCUUGGUGGACCAAGGUGUGUUUGAAGAGCUGACGCGUGAGUGCCUACCUCAACUGUCAGAGAAGAUGCAAGAGCUGGGAGUUAUCUCCACCAUUUCUCUCUCCUGGUUCCUCACCCUGUUCCUCAGUGUCAUGCCAUUUGAGAGCGCUGUAGUGGUAGUUGACUGUUUUUUCUACGAAGGCAUCAAACUGAUUCUGCAGCUGUCAUUGGCUGUACUAGAGGCAAACAUGGAUGCUCUGUUAAACUCCAGUGAUGAAGGGGAAGCCAUGACUAUACUUGGAAGGUAUCUUGACAAUGUGCUGAACAAGCAAAGUGUGUCACCUCCAAUCCCCCACUUGCAUGCUUUACUACUUACCGUUGGUGAUGAACCACCAGUUGAAGUUGACAUUUUUGAUCUCAUCAAAGCAUCCUAUGAGAAGUUCAGCAGUUUAAGAGCUGAUGACAUUGAGCAAAUGCGAUUUAAGCAGAGAUUGAAGGUCAUACAAUCUUUGGAGGAUUCUGCAAAAAGAAGUGUGGUGAGAGCCAUUUCUACCGACCUGGGCUUUUCCAUGGAAGAGCUGGAAGAUUUAUAUGUCCACUUCAAGGCUCAGCAUUUAAUGAGUUGCUACUGGGGUGGGAACCGUGCAUCCAGUAAUCGCCAUGACCCCAGCUUGCCUUACCUGGAGCAGUACCGAAUUGACCUGGACCAGUUUCAGGAGUUAUUUGCUCAACUCACUCCAUGGUCCUUUGGAACUCACACCACCAUACUGGCAACAAGGAUUUUCCGCUUGUUAGACAGCAACAAGGACUCACUAAUAAACUUUAAAGAAUUUGUUACUGGACUAGGUGGAAUGUACCAUGGUGAUAUGACAGAUAAGCUGAAAUUUCUAUAUAAAUUACAUCUACCCCCUGCUCUCAGCUCAGAAGAAACAGAAUCCGCUCUAGAAGCCACUAACUAUUUCACAGAGGAUGUAGCUCCCGAAAGUAAGUAG